AUGGCUACUAGAAACCUAGAUCUAAAAACUGUGCAAGAUUUUGCUUCAACCAUCAAUUCCGACGAUAGAGUCAAGGCAAUCAGAACGAGAUACGACCUUCCUGUAGAGUUAGACGUGAAAGCUCCCUUAGUCAUGUCGUCGAGCAAUGCUGGUUCUCGACUGUAUGGUGACGAAGACCCUUUUCCUAUUGUGAAUUCAGAUGAAGAAGAGUCAACCACUGUAGUUGCUGGUGCCAAAAAGAAAAGAAAGAGACUCAUGAAGGUCUCCGAGAAGGAGAAGAAAAAGAAGGCGGAUGCUGUCGCCUCGAAGUCAACAGCUCAAGGAGAGAAUAUCGUGCCUCCUACAAUGGAGAAGACCAAUGCUCCCCCUGGAACCAAGAAGGCCACACUCCCCAAGUGGAGGCAGAACCAAGCAAUAAACCAUCUGCCAUGGACAAAAGGAAGGGCCCUCUCGAGGAGGAAGCAACGAUCUUGGCUUCCCAUGAUGCUAUCUUUAGGUGGCAUGGCAGCAGCUAUCCAGGAGGUUAAUUUGGUGGCCACAGAGUAUGGAGCUCACAAAGUAGCUGUUGCAGGCCUUAAGAGGCUUAACGGAGACAGGCCCAUCAACCAAGUGGAGGCUUUAUGCGAAGCCCUCGUUAAGAUGGGUACUCCUGAAAAUAUGGCCAUGUUUGCUUGUGAUCCCGCCACUGUCUUGUCCAAGGGCCCAAGUGAGGAAGAGCCAAUCCCUGAGGUGCCGGAUGAGUAUAUCAGCAUCGAGCUCGAGGAAGAAGAUUAUGAGGCCUCAAGGGAGGAUGUGGCUGAUACUGGCAACUGGGGAGUGCAGAAGAACGUCAGAGAGACAUCUCAGAGUCAUCCCUAA